GUGGAAAGAAAAAUUAAGGUCGAUGGGGGCUCUGGCUUAUUUUUAUCUCCGGGGGCUCGGAUCUGAAUCGUAACAUCCAGCUGAUGGGGAAUCUCACCAGUCUAAGCCACGAGGAGAGUGCGCCGAUGGUAGCUCCACGAUACGAAGAACAUCCAGAUAGACAAGCAGGCGAUUCAACGCCAGUGUUGCAACGCACAAAACCCAAUAGAGAAUGGGAAAAGAUGGAGAAAAAGAACAAUCGACACGAUCCACUCGACCCCAAGCGACCCAAAAAAAAUGCGGAGAUGCAACUCAAAAAAUUAAGGGCGGAGGAAAUUAAUCAGACUAGCAAUGCACCUCCGAUGCAAGUUUGCCAAAUGACAACCACGAGGGCAAUGGUCGAGACCCCAAGACCAGUCGCGUGUUAUCACGGGAGGGGAGGCUUAUCUCCAGGGGUUGGGGUUGGAGAUAUAGACGGACGGACCUUUCUCACUGAUAAUCCAUCGACUGGAUGCAACGGUGACAUCGCUCCUUCGAAGCUUAGCCGAAUGCGGGGAGACGAUUCGGCUCAUUUGCUGGGUUUUCUUGGGUCUUCCCCGCCCAGUGGAGUCGGACCGGACCCAGUAACCGAACCCAGUGACCCAUUGGAUAAGAAGAAGCACACAACACUUUUCCUUCCUGUUUGGGGUCUGCUAUUCAAAGUGUCCGAAAAAAGCAAGUACCCUGAGUCACGUGGAUAUGUAUCAAUUCAGACGUUGUUUAGUAUCUCUGCCACGAGAUAG